AUGUCUCGUCCCCAGGUCAGUAUCGACCGACUCACGCCGCGCAGAGUGACCGCCGAGCCGCGCGAGUCCAUGAACUGCAAGUCCUGUCGGAAGAGAAAGAUCAAAUGCAAUCGUCUUCGUCCCAGCUGCGAGGCCUGCAAGGUGUUUCAGUGCCCCUGUGUUUACGAUGCCGUGCCGAAGAAGCGAGGCCCAAAAACCGACGUGCUCGAAGCCCUGCUAAAGCGCGUCGACGGCCUCGAGAAACGGCUGCAGGAUGAGAAUCAUCCGCUGUCGCCCGCCUCGUCCACGUCGCCUGUCAAGUUGCUCGAGUCUCAGUUGCCCGUGGCGCCGGUUUCGCUGCAGCCGGCUCCGCCGCCGCCCACUCUGUCGACCCCCAGCCCUAACCGCUUACCGGACUCCAUGCUCGAUGCGUAUUUUGCCCGGCUUCACGGCAAACCCUACUUCAUCUUGGACGAGCCCUCGACUCGUCAGCGACACCAGUGCCGGCAAUUAUCGCCCGCCCUGUCCAUGGCCAUCUACGCCGUCACGCUUCGGUAG